AGUGCAACAUGGUGCUGUCCACACUGCAGACCUUUGGACCUUCACAACCUCCUGAGGAUCCUAGCAGGGCAGUUUCUUUUCAGGUCUCAUCGAGUCUCCGAAGUCUCAAUGGAAGACUUCGAGUUCAGCGUGGAGAUCUGCGACCGCGAUUGGCAAUACUUUUUCGAGGUGUGUGAGGAGUGUGACCUACGUCCUCCGUCGCUUGCCACAGCAGAGGACUCUGGGCUGAGUGAUGGCGAUCGCACAAACGCCACGCUUGCAGAAAAUGUCCGUCGAACUGGAUGCUACCGCGAGGCCGACUUCUCCCUGGACAACACGCCCGACUUCAAGGGCUCGGACGUGGAGACCCACCUUGGUAAAAAAGCCACCGCUGGAACGGAGAGCAUCUUGUCGGGCAGCGAGGAAGAUAUUCGCCUGCAGUCGGUCAGCAUGUUCUCCGAAGGGAUGGCAAACCAGGCAAAUGUCGGAAAAAACAAAGAGUCACAGCGGGAGGGUGGGCUGCGCGGUAAUGGGAUUAAAUCCAGCUCCGAGCCACCCGCCAUAGAUGUCCAAGAGAACAACCUUGACAAAAUGAACACCAUGCAAAAAGCCCAGCCUGUUUCUAACACUGUUCUUGACCCUACAGCCUGCAGCUCGCAGCUCAAGAAUGACAGGUCAGCUCAUACCGAGUCAUUUAUCGGCGUCUGCGCUGAGACCAGAACAAAUGAGACGACUCUUCAUAAACCUGACGACUCACUCGACCUUUAUCGGUCACGUUGUGGCACAGCGAGCACAAAGGAAGUCCUCGGCCUACCAUCAUCGUUACUGACCGCCAUGAAAAGGAGGAGAAGAAAGAAGAGGUGGCUCAGCAUGGCGUCAACCCAGAGUGGACAUGAGAGGAGGGCUGACGAGGAGCAGAGUCAGGCUCCAUUUUGCCAUGAUAUCAAGUUGCUCCCGGGUGGAGGUCCAUUUGUGAAGAUCAAUUCAAUCGAGAAGACAGUAGACCAGAAGUCCAAGCAGCUACUGAGAGACCACACUGGGACGAUGAUGAUGACGAUGAUGAUAAUGUGGAUGGUGGCCACGGUGACACUCUAUCUGCUGCUAAGUCCGUCCCGGCUGCACAAACUUUGCAUUCUGGCGCAGACAAACGUCGACCUUUCCCAACACACUGCUCCAGAGGUGCGAAACCGCUGUCUCUCCAGUGGAUGA